CAUGUCACAUUCUGUGGUCUUCACUGACCCCGCGCCUCAUUCCGUGGGUCUGAGUCUUGCGUCGUCUCCCACGGCAGGCGGUCCACCGAAGAGCCCGAACGCCCUCCCCAGGCUGGAGCCGGGGGAACCGCCGAGGGCCGGGGAAGACGGGAUCCGAGGUGGGGCCCGUCCAGGUGGGUGAGGCGACCCGCACAGGGGGCAGGCUGCGGGCCCGCGUGCUCAUCGCCCGGCGAAGGGUCACGACCGUGUGGGGGUCUGAGGCUCCGGAGCACUGCCUGCUGCAGCUCUCUCCCACGGGAGAGCUCUUGUAGGAGUCGGAAGAAAAAUACGCCCCUUUCUCUCGUCUGCGGUUUGAUCUUCAUUUUACCUACGUCUAGAUCUGUGUUUGCAUAGUCGGCCUCUUCCAGGGUCUCGAGUCUCCCCUUCCUCUUCCUCCUUCGCCUCCCUCGCUGUGAAAUCCCACCGCCCACGGCCUCUCUCCGAAGAGGAGACCGAGUUCCUCGCUGUCGUCAGGCCGCUUCCUGCCCACUGGGAUGUGGAUUCCCUGGCCUGACAUCCGCCCCGUCCUGGAAGCUGGGCCCCCAAAGUGGACCGGUCUCCUCUGUGCCUUUCUCCCCGCUCUCGGGUUCCCCAAAGGUUCUCUUUUCCAUCUGUCAUGUGACCCAGCCCCUGAAAGCUUUCUCCAGUCGGAUAGGCUGAUCCAGUCCCCGGUGAGGACUCUCGAAUCGGCGUCUCAUGCGAUCCACAGGCGUUAGUUCUGCGUCGUUUACUCACCUCCCCGGUGUCUCUGAGUUUCCAGCGAUCUCAGGACCCAGAAUCACCUUCCCUCCAAGAACACCCGUAAAUCUGGAGAGUCGAUGAUCAUGAAAGCAUGGACAAUAGCUUAGAACAAUGGCAUAGAUUUAGCACAUUUAACAAUACUUUUCAUCAGAGUGGAAUUCAUUUUCUUUUAAGGAAAAAUCAUGAUAUGCUUGACUUACAUGGAAAAAAUAUGAAAUCAAAUUUAACUUUACUUAACCAGAGCAGAAGCUUUGAAAUAAAUAAUGCUGCUGAGCAUACUGGAGAUGGGAAAUCCUUUCUCUGUUAUAAUAGUGAGCGAUUUCAGACUGAAAUUCAAUUCCCUGACAGCCAAAAACUCAGCACUAAGUGCCAAGUCAUCAAGCAUCAAAAAACUAAAAAAAUAGAGAAGCCGCAUGUGUGCAGUGAAUGUGGGAAAGCCUUCAUGAAGAAGUCUUGGCUUAGUGAUCACCAGAUCAUUCAUACGGGAGAGAAACCCCAUCGAUGUAGUCUAUGUGGGAAAGCCUUCUCCAGAAAGUUCAUGCUCACUGAGCACCAGAGAGCUCAUACAGGAGAGAAACCUUACGAAUGCACUGAGUGUGGCAAAGCCUUCCUCAAGAAAUCACGGCUCAAUAUACAUCAGAAAACACAUACAGGAGAAAAACCAUAUAUAUGUAGUGACUGUGGAAAAGGCUUCAUCCAGAAGGGAAAUCUCAUUGUACAUCAGCGGAUUCAUACAGGUGAGAAACCUUAUAUAUGCAAUGAAUGUGGAAAAGGCUUCAUCCAGAAGACGUGCCUCAUAGCACAUCAGAGAUUUCACACAGGAAAGACUCCCUUUGUGUGCAGUGAGUGUGGAAAAUCCUGUUCCCAGAAAUCAGGCCUCAUUAAACAUCAAAGGAUCCACACAGUAGAGAAGCCCUUUGAAUGCAGUGAAUGUGGGAAAGCCUUUACCACAAGGCAAAAACUCCAUGUCCAUCAAAGAACUCACACGGGGGAAAGACCUUAUGUCUGCAGUGAGUGUGGGAAAGCUUUUGCAUACAUGUCUUGCCUUGUUAAACAUAAGAGAAUACACACAAGGGAGAAACGCGGAGAUUCAGUCAAGGUGGAAAGUCUCCUCAAAGAGAAUCUCAGUUCAUCACAGACUAGUACUGCCAUGCAAGAAGAGGGCUCUGUUAAUACAGUGCCUCUGCACGUGCCUUCCCUGUCCCCUCAGACGUCGCUAAACAUGAGUGGGCUCCUAACAAAUAGGAAUGUAGUCAUAGUGGGGCAGCCUGUGGCCAGGUGGGCACCCUCAGGAGGACUUUGCCAAGACAGACACCUUAUGAGUGCAGUGAAUGUGGCUGUGCCCUCAGUGGUCAAUUAUGUCUUAUUUUAUAUCACAGAGAACCAGUAGGAAAAAACUCAGGUAUUUCAUGUGUAAAAGGUUUGAGCUAAAGUUUCCAGCUCAUUCUAUGGCUGAAGAGUAUAUAUUGAGAAAAACUAUAAAUGCUGAGACUGGGAAAGCCUGAUAGCCUCCUAUUAUGUAUAUGCAUCGAUACAGGGGCAUCACCGGAUGUGACCCAAACACAUACAACACUCACUUCCUCUGUUGGGUCAGUUAAACAUAUGAAGGCAGCUUGAGUUCAACUAAGUGGAGGAAAUGAGCAGGUGAAGUUUUAAAACAAGGUAAUUUGUAUCUGGAUGUUAUGAAUGAAGGGCUAAUACUGAAUUGGUGAGAGAUGGGAAUGUAUACGAUCAGUUCAGUCAGUCCAGGUCCAGGUGAAGGAUUAAUUGAAAACUGGGAUGUCUACCAUAAAGUUUUAGAAGUUUAUAUUAUAUAGAGUCAUGAAACAACAACCUACGAUUGAGCCUAUUUGUUUCAUUUACUGUUUGUCAAAUACUCCCUGUGUACUGUCCCUGUUCAGGAGCUGAGGAUACACUGGUGAUCAAAACAGAAAAAGCCUGUGGUCUCUAAGAGGAGGCACUGAGGUAAUUGGACUGUCUUUAGUGGUACCUUUGCAGGUCACCGAGCAAGGGGGUGUCACUCUCUAGGUGAAAUAGACGCCGUCUUAAACAUUCUGGUUGCUAGAAGGCAAUACCAUAGCCUGGGUGGCUUUUAGAGAAAUUUAUUUCUCACAUUUCUGCAGGCUUCAAAGUCCAAGAUCAGAGUGCUGGCAGACUCGGUGUUUAUUGAGCACCUGCUUCAUGGUUCACAGAAGAUAGUCAUUUGUGCCCUCACAUAGGGGAAAGGGAAUGGAGCUCUCUUGGAUGUCUUUCUAAGGGCACUAAUCCCAUUUAUGACAGCUCCACCCUCAUGACCUAAUCACCUCUCAAAGGCCCCACUUAAUACUAUCACUAAUUUGGGAUUAGGCAUCAAUGUAUGAAUUUUGGGGGGACACAAACAUCCAGUCCGUAGCAGGUAUCGAGUACAGUCGUUCCCCCAAUCCAUUCCAAGACUCCCAGUGGAUGCUUGAAACUAUGGAUAUUAAACCCUAUGCAUAAUUUUUUUCCUAUACAUACCUAUGACAAAAGUUUAUAAAUGAGGCACAAUAAGAGAUGCACAAUUAGUAAUAAAACAGUUAUAACAAUGUGCUAUAAUAAAAGUUAUGUGAAUAUGGUCUCUCCAAAUCUUAGUGCACGGUACUCAUCUUUGUGUUGAUGUAAGAAGAUAAAAUGUUCCUGUGGUGAGGUGAAGUGAAGGAUGUAGGCACAGUGAUGUAGCCUUAGGCUAUGUGGGUAAAAUUGUAGUAUUUCCAGAGUAUCUCCUCUGGCUUCAGUUCAUUUGCAUAUCCUCAGGGGUGGAGAGAAGUCCAUCUCCAUAUCCAUGGGUAAUUACCUGGGCGACCCAGGGCGUGUCUGAACCUGGGAGGUUAAGGGGAGGGGGCUGGCUGACUUAGUGACUUCUAGAGCUGAGGAGAAAGGCAGCCCUGGACCGCAGUUUGUAAGCAAUAAACGGGUUUUAAGUUUUUAAAAAUAUUUCUCCCUUUGACUGAUAGCAGCUUUUAGAGGUAUUUUGCCCCAGGACUUCCUCUCCCCAGAC